UUGUUAUUAUGAAGAAGACGGAUAUUAUUUGAGGAAAAGGCAAUAGAAAAAAAAAACGGACGAAAAGGAAGGAACUUGUUUUAGGAUUAGAAAAAUAAGAGCUUGUAUUUUUCAUAAGAGGGUCCUCCGAUGGAGACCGGACCAAGCGGCGGUGCCCUAGACGGUGACGAUCUAUCCCCGUCGUCUCCCGCAGCAGCCAUAUCGCGCUGGACCUUCGAGGUAUCGCGGCGGUUCCAGCACCUCCUGGACAAGACGGUUCCGCACGUUCUCUACCGUUGGAUCGGAUGUCUGCUGAUGGUUUUGAUCUACGCCGUUCGUGUGUACUUCGUGCAAGGGUUCUACAUCAUCACCUACGGCCUCGGCAUCUACUUGCUGAAUCUAUUGAUGGGAUUUCUUUCUCCUCAGGUGGACCCCGAGAUGCAGGAUGGCCCUACGCUCCCCACCCGCGGAUCAGAUGAGUUUCGCCCUUUCGUUCGGCGACUACCCGAAUUCAAAUUCUGGUACUCGAUUACAAAGGCCUUCUGCAUUGCUUUUCUGAUGACAUUCUUCAGUGUGUUUGAUGUGCCCGUCUUUUGGCCAAUACUCCUUUUCUAUUGGUUAAUGUUAUUCAUCCUAACAAUGAGGAGACAGAUACUACACAUGAUCAAAUACAAAUACGUUCCUUUCUCGUUUGGGAAACAGAGAUACGAUGGCAAGAAGGCAUCUUCAACAGAAAGCACUAACAUUCUCAGGGAUUAAAUUCCUCAGGUGUAGUGGUGAAGUUUAGUGAUCGACAAAGAAAGCUUUGUAUUGAAGGGACUUGCAACAUUUUUCGUCGCCUGUAACUUCAUCCAAUUACCAAUUAUUUUUAAUUUAGAUAAUACCCAAUCAAGCAGUGAAGUUGGUUUAAAUGAAACAAUAGUUUUGAAUUGUACUUUUUAACUUGAAGAAAUACCCUAUUAUUAAUUCAUAACUUUCAUAUUUGUUUAGAUUAAAAAUAAUUGUGAGA